AUGGUCAGAGGGGCAGAUUCAGGACAUGACAAGGUGACCCGCCACCAGGCCAGCCUGUUGGACCUGCAGUGGUUGGAGGUCCCAGACAUGGCCCUGGAGGAGGUGGAGUACCUCUCCAGCAACAUGAUCUGUCGCCUCAGGAGGGUCUUAAAUGAGCAAGACCAUUGCAGGAAGCUGGUCGUGACCAUGACCCAGGAGUGGAACACCAGCAGCCGCCCCAUUGAGGACACGCAGCACCUGGCCAUGGAGCUGGCGGACACCAAGGCCACGCUGAGAGGCGUCAGGCAGGAGCUGGAGGAGAAGACAAAGCAGCUGGCGGACACCAGGCAUCAGUUGUACCAGCUGGUGCUGGAGCUGCAGGAGGCCCGGCACAAUAACAUGGAGCUGGCAGCCAGCGCCCAGGCUGCACGUGCCCCCCUCCCUGAGCUGGACUACCUGAGGGAGAAGGUUAACCCCAUGGAGAGGCUGGAGAUGGAGGCGAUGGGCCUCAGGCAGAAGGAGAAAGACAUAGACUUCUAUGCAGCCUGUCCGGCCAUGCUCACCGCAUCUCUGUGUGGAGACUUGGGCACCAUGACUCAGGUGCGGACUGGAGACGAUUAUUCAAUGGACACCAAGGGCCACCUCCAGGAGCAUUGGAUUCGGUAUUGGAUUGAUAAGCUAUUCGAGCGGGAGGAGGAGAAUGUGCAGCUGAAAUCGAAGCUGCACCACCUACAAUUGGACCGGGACACAUACCAGAAAUGCCUUGAGGAGCUGUGGGAAGAGAACAUGGCCCUCAAGACUGCACAGGGGCAGAGUGUGGAGGAGUCCGCCCACCUACGCUGGGAGCUGGAGCAGCUGUCAGAAGGUAAAGCAGGUGCCUCUGAGGCCCCUGGAAUAUGGGCUCUGACUCCACUUUGCUCUUCAGCCUCCAGCUGCUUCCUGAAGCUGGACCAGGAGAAGCAGAGCCUCCAGGACACCAUCCAGGGGCUGCCGGAAGCCUCCCUGGCCCGGCAGGAGAGCAGCCUCCAGCGCCGGGAGCUGGAGGAGGAGAACCAGCAGCUCAGAAAGCAGAUUGAAGACUUGCGAGUUCAGAUGGAAAGAGAAAAGCAGACCAGCCAGGUUCUGGAGACUCUCUGUGAGGAGCUGGUGGAGGAGAGAGAACAGCUGCUCCGUGACAAGAAGACCCUGAAGGCUGAGAGAGCCCAGGAGUUCAAGGAUCUGAAAAAAGUGGUGCAUUCACUGCGGGACAGUUCACAGACCGGCAGCAAGGCCCGCAUGAAGGGCAGGAAGACUGAGCAAAAAGUCCUCCUCCAGACGGUGACAGACACCAAAAGGAAAGUGACCAUGAUGGAGUGGGAGCGGCGGCAGCUGUGCCGGGACCUGGAGCAGGUGAAGGAGCACGUGUUGCGGGCACAGGAGCUGGAGCAGGAGCUGCAUCGGCUGCAGGAGGAGAUCGAGAAGCUGGCCAUGGAGGUCAGCGCCCUGACGACGGCCCCUGAGAGGGUCCACGCCCUCGAGUGGGAAAGCCAGGACCUGUUGCUGGAGAACCAGAGGCUGCAGACGUCUCUGGACACCCUGAAGCCUGAGGGUCUGGAGCGGGACAAGCAGCUGGACACCAGGCAGGUGGAAAAUUCCACUCUGAGCUCCCAGAGCGCCUCGCACACUGCGCUCACAGAGCAGGACACUCAGCUCCAGCACCAGCAGCUGGUGGCAGCCCACCAGGCCCUGCAGCAGGAACACGCGAGCCUAGGCGCACUCCACGAGCAGCUGACUAAGGAGCACAAGGCCCUUCUGGACAAGUACCGCCGCCAUAAGACACUGCUGCGUCGGACCCUGGAGCUGGUGAGCAAGGCUCUCAGUGACAGCUACAAGGACCAGAUCCAACAUAAGGCGGCGCUGGAUCAGCUGGGGAUGCUCUUGACCACAGAGCAGGAGGCUCUGCAGCAGGAGCAGAGGACGAGCGCCAUGGCUGCAGAGGAGAACCAGAGGCUGCAGCGAGAGCUGGACAGGGCCAAUUUCCUGCACCAGCAGCUGAAGGGGGAGCAGGAGGAGCUGAUGUCCCACACUAAAAAGCUUCAAACCUCCCUGAAGGACACCCAGCUGGAGGUGUAUCGCUGGCAGGCCCAGUAUGAGGGGCUGAAGGGGCAGCAGGAGGAGCUGAAGACCCACAGCAAGAAGCUUCAGAGCUCCCUGAAUGAUUUGCAGCUGGAGGUGAACCACUGGAAGGCCCGGUACGAGAAGCUGAAAGGGGAGCAAGAGGAGAUGUACACAGUCACCAAGAAACUGCAGACCCAGAACACACAGCGGGAAGUGAACCACUGGCAGGCCCGGUACGAGGAGCUGAAAGGGGAGCAAGAGGAGAUGUACACAGUCACCAAGAAACUGCAGACCCAGGUCAAUGAGCUGCUCACAGACAACAGGGAGCUGCUCACAGACAACAAAGCGCUGCGCACAGACAACGAGGAGCUGCACAACGAGGAGCUGCGCACGGACUACAAGGAGCUGCGCACAGACUACAAGGAGCUACAAAUGUCCCUGAAGGACAUGCAGUGUGAAGUGAACCACUGGCAGGCCCAGUACGAGGAGCUUAAAGGGGAGCAAGAGAAGAUGUACACAGUCACCAAGGAGCUGCAGACCCACGAGCUGUGCAGAGACUGCAAGGAGCUGCUCACAGACUACAAGGAGCUAAAAAUGUCCCUGAAGGACACGCAGCGUGAAGUGAACCACUGGCAGGGCCAGUACGAGGGGCUGAAGGCUGAGCAAGAGGCGCUGUACGCCCACACCAAAGAGCUGCAGACCCACACCAAGGAGCUGCUCACAGAAAACCAGGAGCUGCAAACCACCCUGAAGGACACCCAGCAGGAGGUGAACCGCUGGCAGGGCCAGUAUGAGGAGCUGAAGGGGGAGCAGGAGGAGCUGCAGAUGCACAACAAGAAGCUGCAAACCUCCCUCAACGACACCCAGCUGGAGGUGAACUGCUGGCGGAACCAGUGCAACUGGCUGAGGGAGGAGCUCCAGAGCAGGGACAUCUCGCUGACCGAGCUGGACAACCACUGCCAGCUGCUCUCCCACCUCAAGGCCAACUUGGAGGGAGAAAACCGUCACCUGCAGAGCCAAAUCCAAAGCUUGACAGAGAAGAACCAGAGGCUUCACCAGGAGGACGUGGAGAACAACUACCAGCACCAGGAGGAGCAGCGGCAGUACGUAGACAAAUUAAACCCCUUACAGAGACAAAAUGAAAAACUGGAAGAAAAAAGCAUGGCUCAGCACAAGUUCCAUGAUCCAGCGCCAAAGAAGAAAAAGCACUGGAUUGGAGCCAAAGCCUUAGUCAAACUCAUCAAACUAAAGAAAGGGGGUUCCAGAGAACGACCAAAGUCAACCCCAGAGAGGCCUCCCUGGCCACUGGGGUCCUCAGACCAGGCCUCGCCCAGUACUUCUCAGCCUCUUCAAUCACAGCUGGAGCUCCUCGAGGCCACCCCAUGCUGCUCAAAGGGGACAGAAGAGCAAGACACCUGCAGGGGGCUCCGGGGAAAAGCAACUCGGCGCAAAAAGAGUCGCUUUUGCAGAAGUGGGAGCGAGGACAAGGCCAAGUCUCCAUCAUCCCGCCUGGCUUUCUAUAAACGUCUGAGGUUCUGGACCUGCUCUGACAUCAAACCUGCUUCUCUCUAG